AAUCGAGCGCACGGGCGUGUUCCUGGGAAUCGCCACUCCAAAUUGUUCCUCGCCUCUAUCUCCGCUUUCUUCCCACUCUACUGGACCCUGUCACUCCCUUCUCGUCCAACCCAACAUGACCACUCCUGAUGUCCGCGGCUCCUCGGAGGAGCUUGGUAUGCUCGAGGUGUACGGCGCACCUUUCUCGACGUUCACUCGUACCAUCACCAUGGCUCUUCACCACCUCCAGCUGCCAUUCGUCUUCCGUCAUCACCCUCCUCAUUCCUCUGAGAUCAAGGCUCACAACCCGCUCGGCCUUGUCCCAGUCCUUGUCCACAGGCCAAACCCUCUCUUCUCGCCCAAGCAGACGUCCCACGUCGCGCUCCCGCAGAUCGUUCUGUACGAGAGUAACGCCAUUCGCCGAUACAUCGACGAUGCUCUCAGCACCAUCGCACACGGCAAAGGCAACAAAGUCUCGGAACUCAACCCUGCCCUGGACUCGCGCGAACCACAAGCCCUCCUCAAGACGGCUGCUUUGCGUGCUUCAGUCGAUCAAAUCGUCAGCAUUGCCAGCACGACCGUGUUCACGGCACUCGAAGCCCGCAUCAUCAAGGUUCGCCAGAGCCUCGAACAGAACAAGGCCGAUGAGGCCACAAUCGGCGUCGCAGUCGAAGAGGCAAUGGAGGGUGGCCAACUCGUCCUCGACCUCCUCGAAGGCUUCAUCAAAGAGAACCAGCAAGCCAACGGCGCUCAUGGUGACUGGUUCGUUGGCGACGAUCUCAGCUGGGCAGAUCUCUACGUAUACCCCAUCCUCGCUGAUCUCAAGAGCAUCCCCGAGGGCCCCAAGCUGCUCUCUAAGACACCUCUUGUCGCAAAAUGGGUGGAGAGGAUGGAGGCUGCCGCGCCUGCUAAGGCUACGUAUGCGCACACUGUGCCCGAUAUGAGGAAGAAGCAGGGAGCAGCUCAGUGAGCAUAUGAAGCAGAUGAGCAGUCUCAAACCUACUCGUGCUGCAAUCAGAAAAGACACCUGGUCUGAUGCUUCGCUCAUGACUCCACAAAAGUAACGUCUCGCCUCUCGUCCAACCCAAUCCUCAAUAGCCUGCCUUUCCAUGGCGCAUCCUCCUG